AGUUGAGGCCAUGAGGGUGUAAUGCAUGAAAAGGAAUUUACCAGAAACAAAUCCUGACCCAGGAUAAAGCUGUUGAAGUCCCAUAAUGUUAAUCCUAACAUAUAUUACCCUUGGGGUAUUAACAGGGAUCGCUGUGGCUCUACAGCUAUGGGCAAGAAGGAAUCGACAGGAAGCCCAGGUUGGAAACAACCCCCAGUUUCUCAAGUUCCAGAGAGGGUACUUUGUGGUGUAUCUGAUGGCCAUGUUUGCUGACUGGCUGCAAGGCCCAUACCUUUACAAACUCUACAGCUACUAUGGAUUCCAAGAAGAUCAAAUUGCUACUCUGUACGUGUUUGGGUUUGCUUCCACAGUUCUUUUGGGCACAUGGGCACCUGUGGCCGCAGAUAAAUUUGGACGUAAGAAGCUGUGCAUAGCAUUCACUGUGCUUUAUUCGGUGUCUUGCUUUCUGAAACUGUCCAGAAGCUAUGGCAUUCUUCUCAUCGGGCGACUACUGGGAGGGAUGGCCACCUCUGUGCUGUUUUCUGCCUUUGAGGCUUGGUAUGUUCAUGAACACGUGGAAACCCAUGACUUCCCCAAAGAGUGGAUCGCAGUGACCUUUACCAAAGCUUCCAUGUGGAACGGAGUUCUGGCUACUGUGGCUGGAUUGACAUCUAGUCUGGCGUCUGAAUGGUUUGGACUCGGACCAGUCGCUCCUUACAUGAUGGCUGUGCCAUUUUUGAUAUUUGUGGGGAUAGUAAUCUACAGUCACUGGAAUGAGAAUUACAGUGGCCAUAAAACUAAAUUCUCCAAACUCUGUAUUGCAGGACUUUCUAAUAUUGGCAAAAGUGAACGUAUCUUUGUGAUAGGUGUCAUAGAAGCUUUGUUUGAAAGUGUCAUAUAUGUGACCAUCUUUUUAUGGACACCUAUUUUGGAGCCUGGUAUGCCUCCUCUUGGAAUUGUCUUUUCCUGCUUCAUGGUGUGUAUUUUGAUUGGUUCAGCUGUGUUCCAGAUUCUGUCCAUGUAUCACUUUGCAGUGCAGAACUUGCUGCUGGUGUCUACUGCUAUCGCUCUCGUGGCCAAUGUGAUUCUGGUCAUCUCUGUUCACCCAGAUAAACAGAGCUUCAACAUGUCGUUUGGGGCGUACUUGCUCCUGGAGUUAGCAGUAGGCAUGUACUUUCCAGCCAUGGGGUUCCUGCGGAGUCGCGUCUUACCUGAAACCCACAGAUCGGUUAUCAUGAACUGGUUUCGUGUUCCUAUCAGCAUAAUAGCCUGCAUUGUUUUAAUGCUUCUCCAUGAAGAUGUAUUUCAGCAUGGAAAUCGAUGGAUCUUCGCUAUCUGUGUUGGACUCCUAUCCUUGGCUUGUGUCAGCUGUUGGAGAUUUAUCCAUUUGUCUAAAAAUUCAGACGAUCUUCGUCAGGAUACAGUUUUGAUGGAAUUAGAGCAUUAUCACAACAUUUUUUAAGCUUCAUUUUAUCAUUCUGAAUUUUUUGGGUUGUUUAUUUCUCUGUUAAAUACCAUAAACAAUAUGAUGUAUGAAUACAGAAAAUAUAUGGUGGAUUCACUUGUUCCAUUUGAUUGCCACAUAAAUUUAUUUAAUUUCCUCGAGAAAAUGCUUUUAAAGGUCAUAAAAUGUGCCAACACUCGGUGUUCAAUGGCAUGGAUACAAAUUGUUAAUACGGUUACCAUUUGUAAAUAUUCAGGGACACAUAAACAUCUGUAUAUAAAUGUAUGAGAGCUGUUAAGUACAUAUGCUAAAAUCAGUUGGGCACCCAAAAUAUUCAUGGCUUUGCAUUGUAAUCAUAACUUUAUACAUGCAUACCAUAAGUCUUCUAAUUUUUGGGACAGAUAUAAGUAGUGUUGAAAGUGGAAUAUUACAUUUCUUUUCCAGCCUUUUGGAAAAGUAAAGGUAUAAGUAUGUUGUUAUUAGAUGGCCUACCCAUGUGAGAAAAAAGACACUCAAUAUUCCUCCUACAAUUACAUAUAUAUUGGCUAAAAUGUAGACCAGGUUCCCAAAAUUAGAUGAGGUAGGGUAGCUAGUAGAUGUGAUGGCCAGACACACUUCCAUCAGUUGAUCUAUUAGAAAAGUUAUUAUUUAUUAUCAUCAUACCUAUAUAAAAUUUGAGAUUAAUGUUGAAAUAUACUCUUAAAAAGAAAGGAGUGAUGAGCAUUUUUGACUUGGUUGUUUUUUUUUUUGUGCACCUCACAUACAGGUACUGAUGUCUAAGAGAUAAUAGUGGCCAACAUAUGGUUAGACCUAUCCUGUUUUAACUUCUACAUGAAAUUAAUAAGAUUUCGUCGUCAAAAGGUUUUCCAGACACCUCACGAACGAAAGCACAUGUUAGAACAUGACAUUUUUUAUAGGAUGCAUGAAAUUUUGGUUUUAUUUCUUAGUACAGAGUGUAUGAGGUGGCCUAAAAUGUGAAAGUACAAAAAACAUUUAUCAGCUUUCUUUUUUUUAGGCGCAAAAAGAUGUUUAAACUAUGUUUUUUGUAAGGCCCCAGUGAUCAGUUGAGAAAUUAAGUAGCCUGCUUUGGCGAUGUCAAUGGUGAUAGCCAUCAAAACAACUUUGUUAAGGGGAGAGCUUGAAUUGGGGGGCGCUAAUCUGAUCCCAGUUCCCAGUGUGUUCAUUGAUAGCGUCAUUUCUGAACAUUUCCAACCAUUGACGCAAACUAUUCAUAAAAGAAAGGGGGUAUUGGAAAGUAUAAAAUAGGACUCAAAAUUUAUUCUCAUAUUGUGGCCAUAUCUCUAAAUUCUUGUUAAAACCAGUCUUCUCUUUCAGGUAUCCUGUAUCUUUACAUAAUACACAUGUACAUGUGUCAGUGCACUACUACUGGUAAUUACAUCUCGAAGUCACCAGGCGUUUAAUAUUGUGGCAGGGAUCUACUGACAGAAUAGCAUUUUCUUAUGGCUCUGGUUUAUGCUUGACUAUAGAAUGUUUCACCUAUACUGUGAAUACUUUUUCAUUUCUACAGUAGAAGGAAAUUAGCAUAACCCUCGAGCAUAUGAUGUUUGCACCUUCCAUGGUACAGAAUUUGACACGACAAGCAGAGCCAGUCAGAGAUAUGUUUCACAAAUGUACUCGACAUUGCAUGAUGAAUGUUAAUAGCUUUGUGUGUUUAAGAAAUUUGGCAGGGCAAUGUUGAUGAAAUACAUUUUUCUGAUCACAUCUCAUCUAUCUUUAUUCUAACAAAUGUCAUUAGUGUUAAGUGUAUUAAAUCUAACAACUUUCACUGACUAAUUAUGACCAUCCGAAAUAAGAAUACAGCUUCAAAGCAAGGAAUUUCCACCUUGGGCCGAUUUGUUUCCCUUAAUGAUAGUGGUCGAGUGUGUCCUUGUUAGCUCAUCAGUAAAAGUAUUGAGUUCAGUAUUUGCACACAUAUAGAGCAGGAUAGCAUGAGAGGGAUACUCCAUUGUUGAUUCGGUGUGUACAUAUGAAUUACCGUGAAUUACUGACUUAGUGUGUUGUGCAUAAGUAUCAAUGUUAAAGUGUUAGGGGUGGUUUCUCAAAAAGUACGGCAUGUAUUGAUUUCAGUAUUUGCACACAUAUAGAGCAGGAUAGCAUGAGAGGGAUACUCCAUUGUUGAUUCGGUGUGUACAUAUGAAUUACCGUGAAUUACUGACUUAGUGUGUUACGCAUAAGUAUCAAUGUUAAAGUGUUAGGGGUGGUUUCUCAAAAAGUACGGCAUGUAUUGAGUUCAGUAUUUGCACACAUAUAGAGCAGGAUAGCAUGAGAGGGAUACUCCAUUGUUGAUUCGGUGUGUACAUAUGAAUUACCGUGAAUUACUGACUUAGUGUGUUACGCAUAAGUAUCAAUGUUAAAGUGUUAGGGGUGGUUUCUCAAAAAGUACGACAUGUAUUGAUUUCAGUAUUUGCACACAUAUAGAGCAGGAUAGUAUGAGAGGGAUACCCCAUUGUUGAUUCGGUGUGUACAUAUGAAUUACCGUGAAUUACUGACUUAGUGUGUUACGCAUAAGUAUCAAUGUUAAAGUGUUAGGGGUGGUUUCUCAAAAAGUACGGCAUGUAUUGAGUUCAGUAUUUGCACACAUAUAGAGCAGGAUAGCAUGAGAGGGAUACUCCAUUGUUGAUUCGGUGUGUACAUAUGAAUUACCGUGAAUUACUGACUUAGUGUGUUACGCAUAAGUAUCAAUGUUAAACAAAGUGUUAGGCAUGGUUUCUCAAAAAGUACUGCGUAUUGAGCUCAGAAUUUGCACACAUAUACAGCAGGAUAGCAUGAAGGGGAUACUUGAUCAUUGAUUCUGCGUGUACAUAUUAAGUACUGUAAAUUACUGCAUUCCUGACUUAGUGUGUUGUGUAUAUGAAUCAAUAAUAAACAAUAUUCCAUCGUCAUUUCAGUGUGUGCAUAUUAAAUACGCUAAAUUACUGCAUUUCUGAUGUGUAUUGUGUAUAAGAAUCAAUGUUUAUAAACAAACUGUUAGGGUUGGUAUCUUGAAAAGUAUUGUAUGUAUUGACCUGAAAUUUUACAUGCAUAUAAAGCACAAUGAUAUA